AAAAGCUUCACAAAGCGAGGGAGCUGACAAAGGCUGAGAUCGAAAGGCUGAGAAAGAUGAAAUGAUUCGUGUCGCCUCUGCUAAGGAUCUGAAGAUCAAGCUAAAUGCUACUGCAAAGACGUCUUGUCUUGCAACACAAAACUAGCUUUAGAAUACCCGAAAGUCGAGAUUGAUGAGGCGCGCGAGGCAGCAGCAGAGUGGCAGAUCGCUAGCAUCCCGAGUUUGUACCUGUGGAAAGAUGGAAGAGUGGUGGAUGAAGAGCUCCAGAUGAGGAUGAACUCACUUGAUAAGAUGAUUCUUGACCACGCUGCAUUGCAUUGAACUUGCCCGACCCGAUACAGUUGGGUAAUUACCCGAUGACCCGAUUGCGGACAACCCGAAGACCCGUUUUGUGCCAACACUUAUAAAACUGGAGCAUAUGUAGAAUCUAUGCAUUUUGAAGGAGAAAAAGAUUCUCACAUACUCAAGCAAGCUAAGGAGAGAAAAUGGAGGCGGAAAGGAUUCAGGAAUUGAAGGGUUUUGUGGAUUUCUGCAAACAGAACCCACAUCUCUUACACACUCCAUCUCUUGCAUUUUUCAAAAACUUUCUGCAAAGUUUUGGAGCUCGAAUGCUGGCGUUUGGAGGAUCGAGCAAUGACGGUGAGGACCAUGAGGAUAAAAAGCCAUUUGAUUCAAGGAAGCGCUAUGUACCAAUGGAUAUAUCAAAUGACGGCAUUGCUGAAUCGGGAGAUAAUCAAGAAGCUGCUCAGUUAUCGAAAGCAAACGCUAUGGAAACAAUUGCUGAAGGAGAAAUCAUCCUGAUUCAUUCUGGAUUUCUGGUAGCGAGCUGGAUGAGAAACUCGAUGCUGCUUCAAAGGCAUCUCGGCUUUCAGUUCUCUACUUCACCACAACAUGGUGUUGGCCCUGCCGUUACGUCGGCCCUGUUUUCACUAGCUUGGCUGGGGCACUACUUUUUAAAAGUUAGUUGGACAGUUGAAGACGCGGCAACAUUUGCAAUUGAAAACUUCUCUCUCCGCUUGUGUGUGAAAACCCUACAAUCACUGAAACAAUUUGAUGACGAAACUGACUUGAUUACUCAGUUAAUCAGUUCAGAAUCCGAGCUAUGCGAAUCUUCUGUUCGGCUUUAUGACAUGUCCGCGUGCAUUCCCAUGGGCAUUUUGGGAAAAUGUAUUGUGCCUUUAGGGUUAGGCGCUGCGAAUAAAUUCUCCGUCAUGUCAUCACGAAUAAGCCUUCCGCCUGCUGCUGCUCAUAGAUUUUGGAUCGUGCGGAAUAUAAAGUUUUGAUGAAAGGAAAAAUGUUGAGAUCUAAGCAUCUGAAGGCUGUUGAAUCUAACAAAGACAAAGCGCAUUCGUUGGAGAUGGAAAUUGUCGAGUCUGAUGUUGAAUUGGACAAUUCGGAUGUUGUGG